GACUGGCGGCCUGCAGGGCCUCCAUCGGGCGGGAUCCCUUGCCAGGGCGAUGUGGGGGCGUGGCGUGGGCGUCGGGGCGGGAUCCGAGAGCCGGAAGCGAACGGAACUCGGGGUCCUGCAAUCGGCUGGCCAUGGACGAAGCUGACCGACAGCUCCUGCGGCGAUGUCGGGUCCGCCUGGUGAGCGAGCUGCAGGUCGCUGAGCUCUGGGACGCUCUGCUGAGUAGGGAACUCUUUUCGCGGGACAUGAUCGAGGACAUCCAGAGGGCAGGCUCUGGGUCACGGCGGGAUCAGGCCAGGCAACUGGUCACAGAUCUUGAGACCCGAGGGAGGCAGGCCCUUCCUCUCUUCAUCUCCUGCUUAGAGGACACAGGCCAAGACACCUUGGCUUCAUUCUUGCGACGUGGUCGGCAGGCAGCAGAGCAGCGUCCACAGACUGUUAACCCCCUGGGCCACCUGGUGCCCGUGGCCCUGGGACCAAUGGGAAUCAUACCAAAGGAGCAGAAAGCAGUGACGUCGGACCCAUCGCAGCCUGCCCUGGGAAACCUCGCCCCAGUAGUGCUGGGGCCGGAAGAGGUCCGGCCUGCUCAGCUCAGGCCAGAGGUUCUGAGACCAGAGACACCCAGGCCAGUGGACAUCAGUUCUGGCAGCAGCCAUGAUGUCUGUGCAGCAGAGAAGAUCAAGGGUCGUGCAGAUAUGGCAUACAUCCUGGAUGCAGACCCCUGUGGCUACUGCCUCAUCAUCAACAAUGUGAACUUCUGCCCUUCCUCGGGGCUCAGCACACGCGCUGGCUCCAACGUGGACUGCGAGAAGCUUCAGCUCCGCUUCUGCUGGCUGCACUUCAGGGUGGAGGUGAAGAAUGACCUGACUGCCAAGAAAAUGGUUGCGGCUUUGGUGGAGAUGGCAGGACGGGACCACCGUGCCCUGGACUGCUUUGUGGUGGUCAUCCUCUCUCAUGGCUGCCAGGCCAGCCACCUGCAGUUCCCAGGUGCCGUCUAUGGCACAGAUGGAUGCUCCGUGUCCAUCGAGAAAAUUGUGAACAUCUUCAACGGGGCUGGCUGUCCUAGCCUGGGAGGGAAGCCGAAGUUGUUCUUCAUUCAGGCCUGUGGUGGCGAGCAGAAAGACCAUGGCUUUGAGGUGGCCUGCACUUCCUCUCAAGGCAGAGCCUUAGACAGUGACUCUGAGCCAGAUGCUGUCCCAUACCAGGAAGGCCCAAGGACCUUUGACCAGCUGGAUGCCGUGUCAAGUUUGCCCACCCCUAGUGACAUCCUUGUAUCCUAUUCCACCUUCCCAGGUUUUGUCUCCUGGAGAAACAAGGAGAGUGGAUCCUGGUACAUAGAGACCUUGGAUGGUAUCCUGGAGCAGUGGGCUCGCUCUGAAGACCUGCUGUCCCUCCUUCUCAGGGUCGCCAAUGCUGUUUCUGAGAAAGGGAUUUAUAAACAGAUUCCUGGCUGUUUUAACUUCCUCCGGAAAAAGCUGUUUUUUAAAACUUAAUGAGACUGGGGCUGCUCAUUGCCUGAAUGUUCCCCUAAACCUUCAUGGCCUGGAGGUGACUGAGGCCGGACUGUCCUGCAAAGCCAGGGUUUUGGAACUGUGGCAGGCCUCUCCCUUCCCUCCUUUGGAAGACAAGCUCCUAACAGCUUCCAGGUCCCUUGAAGAUCAAGAGUCAGAGAAGUCAAGGGAGAGGGACAGAGUGCUGUCAUUGUCACCCUGUCUCUUCAGCUGUGGUUAAGGACUGUGGCCUGUGACCCCAAGGUCCUCUCUAGUGCAGGGCUCCUCUGCCUCUGCACUGCUGAUGUGGGGUUGUAUACUCCUGUCAUGGGACUGUCCUGUGUAUCGUAGGGUGUUUUGAGCCAUCUCUGCUGGCUGCCACGAGCACCCUUCCUGAGUUCUACCAACCAGAAAUGUCUUCAGACAUUGUCACAUGUGCCCUUGGGGACAUAACACCCCCACUGGAGGAGCACUGUCCACAGGGGUCUGUGGCUCAGAGUGUCCAGCAUCUCCUUCCCAGACCCACAGUCCAGCUGGCCCAGUGUGAACACUUGGAUCUGUGAGUCUGGUCCAAGUUUCUUCCUUUAGCACAUAAUUUGUUCUUAAAAAAAAAAAAAACAAAAGAAUCUUAGGCCAAAGGACUUUCCUUUGCCUGUGUCAUCCCCAUUCCUGUUCCCUGUUCUUCCCUACAAAGGAGACAGUUUUGGUUUUUUUUUCUGAGCAUUUCUCCAAGUCUUCUAAGAUAUCUGCCUGAGCCCAGGUGGUAACUUACGGGCAGGAGCCAGGAGUCCCCAUGGAUCUCAUCUCUUGUCUGAAGGAUCAUGGAUACCCUACUGGAGACACCUGGACAGAGCUCGGCUAUCCUGAGUCCCCACCUCUGUCUCCCAGUGUCUUCCUUGCUAAGUGAGCCUGUCCCCUGACGGCAGUGACCCUGCAAUUGUGCAGUUCUGGACUUCCCUGGGGAAGGUGCUGUCACUGGUGUCUUUACAGCUGUCCUGACUUUUACUUAGUUGUUGUUGCCUUUUUUUGUUUGUUUUCUGGUUUCAGUGGUCUUUGCCCUGAGAUCAUCCACUUGGGUUCAGAUGGUAGGGGUCCCAAACCUUGUUUGAUUUUGAGCUGGGUUCUGACUUUGUAGCCCAGGUUGGCCUCCAAAUCUCCAUCCUGAGACUUCCUGAGUUCUGGGAUUACAAUGUGCACCACCAUACCAGGCCCCUCACAGGCUUAGGGUACAGCCCUCCUCAGCGCCCUGAGGUUAGGAUGUCUGGUUUAUAAUAAGACAGAUUCAUACCAUGAUGUGAUUCAAACAAUCACUUUAUUACUGCUUUCCUUGUGUGGCAUUUGCAUGGUGGCAGUCCCAGAGCCAUCUUUGCUUAGUUCUUUUCAAUCACCUAUAGGACACAGAAGGAGGUGAGGGUAGCCUUGGUUGAGCAUUGAGUUCAGUGACUCUCAGGGAAAAAGGGUGUGAUCAUGGCUUCCCCUCCCUCUAAAGAGGGGUCUUAACCUGUGGUCCUGCUGGGGCUGCAGAACAGGAGGCCUUGAAUCUCAAGUGAGCACAUGACAAAUGAGCCGAUGGUGUGACUUUGGGUGUAGUUUGAACUCAAAGCUGCCUGCGUCUGCUUCCAGAUUGCUGAGAUGAAAGGUCUGCACCACCACACUGGGCUAAUUAGUUUCUUCCAUUACUCUUUGAGGCACUAACUAGUGUAUGGGUUGAGAGGCUGUCACUUGUGUUCCAAGACCAAUCAGCAGGAUCAGAUACUUUUUUAGCUGUUGUUGGUGCUGGGAUGGAACUCAUACUGUGCACCUGCUCUAAUUUUUUUUUUGAGAUGAAGGUUUUUCACCUCAUAGCCCAGGAUGACCUGAAAGUUGCUGUGUAGUCAGGGAUGACCUUAGAUUCCUGACCCUCUCACCUCCACCUGUGCUGGGAUUCCCUGUACAUUCUAACAUAGGCUCCAUAACCCAGUAGAACAUCUGUCUGGUUUCUAUAGCACAGGCUCUCAGAGCAGAGUACAGGAUCCUUGUCCCAGAUUGCUUGCUGUAGCAGUGCAGGCAUUGAAAACUGAACACAGAUGAAACAUCCCUGGUGAUGCUUGUGUGUGGAUACCUCACAGCAGUUCAGAAUGUCAGGUGACAGCUGAGUGAGUGUACAAGUACAACGUGUUUGUGGCUUUGGUUAAAAGACAAUGUACACACUUAGCUAUGGGGUGUUAAUUUAUAAUCACCUCACCUCAGUCUGUUGUUGGGGGAGAGAGGUUGGUUUUUUUGGGGGGGGUGGUUGGUCUCUUUGGAAGGUUUCUUUAUGUAACAGCCCUGGUUGUCCUGGAACUUGCUUUAUAGACCAGGCUGGACUUGAACUUACAGAGAUCCUCCUCCUGCCUCUGCCUCUCAAGUGCUGGCAUUAAAGGCUUUUGCCACCAUUGCAGGCCAAGUGUUUUGAUUAUAGGUUGUGCAUGACCAUGCUUGACUACAUUAUGCUGGUUUUGUCUCAUAUAGCCCAGGCUAGCCAUAAAACAAUCCUCCUGCCUCUGCCUUCCAAGUACUGGGCAUCACAAACCUGCAUCACCAUGUCUGGCAAUACAGGUUUUCUUGCUUUGUUUUGUAUUUUUGUCUUGUAUGCACACAAAACCCAGAAGAGCACAUAGCAUGUAAAUCCCAGGGAUUCCCUCAGUAGAAUGGAAACAAAGGUUAAAUCAGGGGAUCAUCACCAAUUACCUAAUACACUCCUAUAUUCUUUUUAUAAACAGUAUUUUAAAUGAUGAGAUGCAUUCCCUUCUGAACAGGACAAUAAAGCUGUGAUUGCUGGCA